GGUUUAUAAUACCAUAUGAUGAUCAUCGUCUCUAAACUAAAUGCUUAAUUAUAAUUAAACUUUGCAUAUGAAACUGCGUGUUUUUCUGUCUUGGCUGAGUUUGCCCUUAGAUUUGUUUGUUUGCUGUAAAUUCCAGAAUCAAUUUCCAUUUCAGCUUACAUCUUUCACUUCCCAUCAAUUGAGUCAAUUUAAAGAGGAGGAAGCAGAAGGUCUAGCUUCAAGAUGAGUUCAUUAAAGAAAAGAAAAGAAGGAGUGACUUCUCAUGAUGAUCCAUCGAUUCCAGACAUUGGAAUAUCAUCCGGUAUAAACAACCCCACCAAUCUUAAAACUCCAUCAUCACCUACACCAUCAAUUGAAUCAAUUCGAUCGAUAAAGGAAGGUCAUCACAUUCACAAUUCUCAUCAUCUUCGUAUAACUCCUACAUCAUCCAAUGAAACUAAAAAAUUAAAACGAUCAUUAUUGGAAACCAGGAGAUUAUUCUUCAUCUUAGGUACCGGUCUUGGAUUAUUAUUAACGAUUUUAUUAACUACAUGGCAAAGUCCUCAUAUUAGAAGUGAAUUGGAUAGAAUCGUAAGCUUUGAUAUGAGUUCAGUUAAUAAUUUCUUUUAUGAUAAUAAUUGGAAAGAUUGGACGGAUAUCUUACCUCUAAGUUUACAAUCAAUGUUAAGUGAAGCUGAAAUGGAACAAAAAGAUGAUUCAUUACAUGGAUCCGCUGAAUCAUUCUCUGUGGGGAGAAGGUUGGCUGCUCAACAGAAUUUAACUGAUAAAUAUAACGUGGUCCUUGUUCCUGGAGUUAUAUCUACUGGAAUUGAAUCUUGGGGUGUAUCAACUUCAGGUGAUUGUCCUUCUAUAAAUCAUUUCAGAAAAAGAUUAUGGGGUUCAUUCUAUAUGUUAAGAACCAUGAUCAUGGAUAAGACUUGUUGGUUAAAACAUAUCAUGUUAGAUUUUGAAACUGGGUUAGAUCCACCUAAUAUCAAAUUAAGAGCUGCUCAAGGGUUUGAAGCUGCCGAUUUCUUCUUAGCAGGGUAUUGGAUCUGGAAUAAAAUCUUACAAAAUUUAGCUGUGAUAGGAUAUGGACCAAAUAAUAUGAUAAGUGCUUCUUAUGAUUGGAGAUUAGCUUAUUUAGAUUUGGAAAAGAGAGAUGGAUAUUUCUCAAAAUUAAAAUCACAAGUUGAAUUAACCAAAACUUUAAAUGGGGAAAAAUCAAUCUUAGUAGGUCAUUCUAUGGGAUCUCAAAUCAUUUAUUAUUUCAUGCAAUGGGUUGAAGCUGAAGGUAAAUAUUACGGUAAUGGUGGUUCAACUUGGGUAAAUGAUCAUAUUGAAGCUUAUGUUGAUAUUAGUGGAUCUACUUUAGGUACCCCCAAAGCAAUCCCUGCUUUAAUUUCAGGUGAAAUGAGAGAUACAGUUCAAUUAAAUGCUUUGGCAGUAUAUGGAUUAGAACAAUUUUUCAGUCGAAGAGAAAGAGUUGAGAUGUUAAGAUCUUUUGGAGGCAUUGCAAGUAUGAUUCCUAAAGGUGGAGAUUUAAUCUGGGGGAAUUUAACUCAUGCACCCGAUGAUCCUACAAAUACUUUACAUGAAGAGAAUCCUUCUUUUGAAAUUGAAGGAUCUAAAAAGGAUAGUUUUGGUUCGUUUAUUAGAUAUAAAUCAAUAAAUGAAACUCAAGAACAAAAUUUCACUAUUCAUCAUAGUAUAGAAAACCUAUUGAAUGAUGCUCCAGAAUGGUAUUCAAAAAGAAUAAGAGAUCAAUAUUCAUUUGGUAUAGCUAAUACAGUGGAAGAAUUAGAUAAAAAUAAAAAAGAUCAUCUGAAAUGGUCCAAUCCUUUAGAAGUUGCCCUCCCAGUUGCACCAAAUAUGAAAGUUUAUUGUUUCUAUGGAGUUGGUAAACCAACUGAAAGAGCUUAUCAUUAUGUCGAAGCUGAUCCAUCUGUAAGAUUACCAAUGACAAUCGAUACUGAACUGGAAAAUCCCGUCCUUAUAGGUGAUGGUGAUGGAACUGUAUCAUUAUUAACUCAUAGUAUGUGUCAUGAAUGGAAAAAAGGUCAAGUAUCAAGAUUUAAUCCUGGUGGUUCACCUGUAACCAUUGUUGAAAUCAAGCAUGAACCAGAUAGAUUUGAUAUUCGUGGUGGUGCCAAGACAGCUGAUCAUGUUGAUAUACUAGGUAGUGCUGAAUUGAAUGAAUUAGUCCUUCGAGUAGCAGCUGGAAAAGGUGAUACGAUCGAUGAUGUAUAUGUUAGUGAUUUAAAAGAUAUUGUUGCAUCUUUAGAAAUUUAGUUGUGUUAAUUUUAAAUUUUUGUCAGUUUGUUCUGUAUAUCUGCUUUUAUUUACUUAGACUUAGCCUUCUGUAUUAUGAUAUUAAUGAAAAAAUUUAUGGUAUAAAGUAAUUAUAGUAGAUUUAAUCAGUCAUCAUCUUCAUCUUCAGAAGAUGAAUAGCCAGAUACUAUUGGACUUGGACUUGAUUCCUUGGAUGAGAUUUGUUUGAUUUUUUCCUCUUGUUUAUGAUUGAGUUUCUUUAAGGGGACUUUAAUAAUUGGUUUAGUCACUUUACUUGAUAUUUUAAGGUUUUCGAUUGGUUUUUCAUUAGUUUGUCGUAUUCUUCUAAAUUUCUCCAACUGUUUAAUGUCCUCAAGUUUUUGAUCCUGUUCUUCUU